AUGGGCAACCCCACCGUGUUCUUUGACAUCGCUGUUGACAGUGAGCCCUUGGGCCGCAUUUCCUUUGAGUUGUUUGCAGACAAAGUUCCAAAGACAGCAGAAAAUUUUUGUGCUCUGAGCACUGGGGAGAAAGGAUUUGUUUGUAAGGGUCCCUGCUUUCACAGAAUUAUUCCUGGGUUUAUGUGCCAGGGUGGUGACUUCACAUGUCAUAAUGGCACUAGUGGGAAUUCCAUCUGCACUGCUAAGAUUGAGUGGUUGAAUGGCAAGCAUGUGGUCUUUGGGAAGGUGAAAGAGGGUGUGAACAUUGUGGAGGCCAUGGAGCGCUUUAGGUCCAGGAAUGGCAAGACCAGCAAGAAGAUUAACAUUGCAACUGUGGACAAGCCUAAUAAAUUUGAUUUGUGUUUUGUCUUAACCACCAGACCAUUCCUUCUGUAG